AUGCUCACCGUGCCUCGGGCUCGGCUCAGUCCGGGUCCCGUCCCGUCCGUUGCGAUGGUGAACACGUGCCACCAGACGGGGAUCACUUGUGGCGUGGAGAGGAGACAGCUGCCGGUCGUGAUGGUGCAUCACUGCGAGGUGGAGGGGGAGAGGAAACGGGAGAAGCCUCCAGUCCCGCCUAAGCCGUCGUGGCUGGUGCAUCAGGUGACCAUGGCGAAGGGGCAACACGUCCCGAGGAGACAUCAUCAUCAUCAUCAUCAUCAUCAUCAUCGGCAGCGGGGAAACACGACACCCAGGAGACUCGCUGCACUUUGGCCAUGCCAACAAAACCUCCUCCACUUCCAGUUUUUGAGUCCAUGUCCAUCUCGGGUGGAAGGGUCUCGAGAUUCUCCUCCAUCUCCAUUGUUUUUGUGCGUGGAGGCCCUCUCCGUCGUCCGUCAUGAAGUGGAAGAUGAAAUUGCCUCAGUUGGAUCGAGCCAGGUGGGAAGAAUGAACUCGCUUCACCUAUCCACGCCAGAAUCCGAGAAGGGAGGAGAAACGGGGGAAGCAGAAAAAGAGAAAGAUAAGGAGGCAGAGGAACCGGCUCCUCCUGAGCAGGAGCCGCAACGGGAAUCGAGAAAGAAGGUUUUCUCUGGCAUCCGGAAAAGGGCAUCUUCAGCUCCCGCUGCCAAAUCCAGCAAAGAAUCCAGUCUCCCCCACAUCCCCAUCAAAUCCAUCCUGAAGUCUGCUAAGCAAAGGGUAGAGAAAUCGAAAUUUUCUGCCUCGGCCCACGAACUGGCCAGCUCCUUGUCUGGAUUCGUCAAGAGCCAUAGCAGCCACGGGACGACGGAGAAGAAGUCCAAGUCCCAUGUCCCUCGACGGUUCCGAAAGUCGGCCGAGAGGAGCGAGCCGUCCUCGAGUGCCAAGAGCAGUGCCACGGAUGUCUCCUCGCAGAAAUCAAUUUCUUCCAUCAAGGAAUCGCCGUUGAGAAGGAAACCCGAGGGUCUCCCUAAGCCUGCUCCUCGCAGAAAGGUCCCCGUGGGCACCAGGUAUUGCCGCAUUCAGAGAGAUGUCCCGUUUGUGGAAGAUGGAGCCACCACGGUGUCCGAUUCUUCGACCGAAGCCUUUCGAGAGGAAGACACUCAUAUCAAAUACGAGCAGGCGGAUGCCGAGUUGCGGAAAUUCAUCCACGAGACUUUGAUGAGUAAUGGGUUCCCCAAGGACAGGAAGACGGAAGAACUGGGUCGAGAGAUCGAAGGGAUCGUGAAGGAAGUAUUCAGCGACCCCUCGGUUUCGGAAUGUCUCGUUGCUUGCCCCCCAGAGUUUGGCCUGGAGGAAACUUUCAUCGAUCGAGAGACCUUCAUCGAUAGUCUCGUUCAAAACAUCAUGACUUCCUCUCAGUAUGAAGCAAUCGGAGAGAUGUCUUGGCAGCGCGGAAACAGCCCGGCUUUUCCCCCAAAUCCUAGGGGAAGUCCAGACACGCUACCCAGACAGAAAAAUCGACCGACGAAACCUCCAAGAGCGCCGAAGAAGCCUCUGGUGCGUUCCCUGAGCCGAGAGCUCGGGCUUGCCAUCGAACACCGUCGAAUGAUCGAGGAGAGAAUCUACAAGGAAAAUGUGGAAUGGCAGAGGAAGGCCAUGUUAGAGACUGCCAAGUGGAUGGAGGAACGUCAACGACGCCAGGAGAAGGCUGAACGAUAUAAGGAAUUGAAGCAAAUGUUGGAGAAGGAGGAACGAGAGAAGCAGGCCAAAAGAGCGAAAGAGUAUGCAGAUACACUCCUGAAGUCUCAGACUCAGCCUAAGCGGUUCCAGAGCCUUCCUCGAGACCAGAAAUUCGAAUUUAACUCGGGGACGCUGACGCCUCGUCGACGUCGGAAGAAGGAAAGGAUUCCGGUGCAACCGGCAACGAUUGCCAGAGAUUACCGGGUUCAGUCUGAGAUAGAGAAGUAUCAUACUCCUCCUGAGAGCCCCACUAAACAUUUCAUUCGUAAUGUCGGAAGAUCCCCUUCUCCUUCAAGAUCCCAGAAAAGGUCGCAGUCGUCGACUCUUCACUCGAGGAAGUUCCAAGAUUCCCCGUCGAAGCCCGAAAGGAAGAAACGCAGUCAGUCGUUCCAUGAAAUGGAUUGGUUGAAGAAACAGGAAGCAAGCUCUUGUGCUCGCAUGGCUACUUCAGAACCAGACAUGGAUCUAGCUGAGCAAUCUAUGUAUCAUAAGUAUGAGAAGAUCAGUCGGCCCCUGCCUAAUCCGCCGAAACCUCCUAGGGGAAAAGGCAAAGAAGAUGGAAAUAUAACACCUGCCACUCCUAUGUCUGACACAGAGGCACUGUACAAGACGAUCACUAGGCAGAAACAGAAUUACAAUCAUGAUGGGAACUUCAAUAAAAGCCAAGAAAUGGUAGGAACUGAAAGCCUAGGCCAAGCCUCUAAGACUCAGCUGAAUGAAUUAAGUAGAUCUUUGCUGGAAGCUGCCAAAGCCUCAUUGAUUGAGCAAGGUAUACCCCCCAGCAAGUUGCAGUCCUUUGAACUCUAUUUUGCUAAUAUUCUUUCUCUGCCGGAAUUGAAGGUGAGUAAAUUGACCAUCCAGGAAUUAUGUGCUGAGACAAUCAAUGUUAGUGAAAUCACAGCUGAGAAGAUACACAAGCAUGUAAGUGGAAAGAAGGAGGAUGAAAGAUCCACUGCAACUGCAACACCAAGCACAACUACAACAAGUCACCAACAAGCCAGAAGAGAUGGUGACCAAACUCUGACUGAAGAUCUGACUGGUGCCACAUAUGAAACAGCAGUUGAAUUGGAUAGUGACAUAGAAGGAUCACUGAAGUCAGUUGAAGUGGCAUUUGAUACCAUUGAAGGAAGCUUGAGCUAUAUUCAUAGUAAGGUACAGAGCAACGAGAGUCUAGCAUCUCCAGACACUCGUGCCUAUCACCAGAGUCUCAAACAUGAAGGUCAAGAAAGCGAUGUUGCUUCAACAGAUCAUCAGAUCGAUGGUUUCAUCCUACAGGAUGAAGAUUCUGUCACACGAUCCUCCGAAUGCAUGGAGGACAUCCCAGCACGUCUGGACGACAUCCGCUUGGCACUUGAGAGACUCUUGGCUCCUCGGGGUUGUGAGUCAUCAGAUAUUGCUCAAGAAGAGCUGUGGAUAUCCCCAUUUGGGAACGAAGUUGUCAGUUCAGCUUGUCAGGUAGAUGCCCAGCUCCUGGAAGAGGAACUUCAAGUUAUCUUUGGAGAUUUGGCAAAAAAAAAAGCCCACAAUAACAUGAGUUUUACACUUGGUUCAUUUAGUCGUUCUGUAGGUGUUUCCCUUCAACCCCCUCAGUUAGGAGGAUCUCUCCUGGAUGGAAGAAGCUACAGUGAAACUUCCCACUUUCAAUCAUCUGCCCAAAUUGAGCAGGGACUGGAGUUGGGAAGGGGCAGGGACCAGGUGGGAGACAGGGAGUUCCAGGACAGUGAGAUGUGUGGAGAAGUAGAAGAACCAGAAAGACCAUUGUCACCUAAAGGACCUGCAAUGUCUGUGGUUGUGUCCUGUGAAUCUGAGGAUCGAUGUCUUGCUAAUGGUUUCAACAAUGACCCAGACUCUACCAGCUUUUCCAGUGAAGCCUUCCCGAAUCUCAUCUCCAACUGUGAAGAAACUGAUUCUGAAGACCUCGAUCCUGGGACUAGAAGGAAGCAAAAAUCUUUCUUCAUUGUUCAGGAGAUUGUGAGUUCUGAGAAGGGUUUCGUGGAUGUCCUGAAGCUCCUGACCAUUGACUUCGCAGAGUUUGUGGCAGAAAGGUGCGAUGACAAUCAAACCACUGUGAUUCCCCAAGCUGAGAUAAAGAGGGUGUUCAACCAUCUUCCUCAACUGUAUCAGCUGAAUAGUGAUCUCCUCAGCGAUCUUUCAGAUCGUCUUGCCAACUGGCACAUCCGUCCCCAGCUGGCAGACAUCUUUGUCAAGAAGGGACCCUUCCUCAAACUCUAUGCAACAUAUUGUCAGGACUAUGAGGCUCAGUGUGCCCUUCUGGAUGAGUACUGUGCCAAAUAUCCCCAGUGGAAGAAACAUGUGGAGGACUUUGAAGCAUUAGACCGGUGUCAGAGGCUGAAACUACAGCACUAUAUGUUGAAACCCAUCCAGAGGGUGCCUCAGUAUCGACUUCUUUUGGACAAAUACUUCCGUUGCCUGGAUCCAGAGGAGAUGGACUAUGAACCAACCAAGUCAGCUCUCCUGGUUAUGUGUGAUGUCGCCGAUCAUAUCAACAACAGCAUGAAGGUUGAUGAAGCAUUCAACCAGCUGUGGCAGUUGCAGAAUCAAUUGCAGAAUUUUGAAGUGAUUCAGCCUGGCAGGAGGAUCUUGAAGAAGGGUGAGCUUCUAAAGAUCUGCCGCAAAGGCACACAGGCCCGCUACUUCAUACUUAUGACAGAUAUUCUGCUCCACACAAGUUAUGUGAACCCAGGUACUAAUUUGCCAACUGGGAAUGGUCUCUACUUACGUAAUGCAUUCCAGCUCACCAGGAUGAAGGUCGCCCUACCUAAAAUUGGAGAGUAUCAGCAUGAAUUCAGCAUCAUCUCUUCCACGCGCAGCUUCAGCUUAGUUGCACGGUCAUCUGCAGAGAGAGUAGAAUGGGUGCAAGCCCUGCAAGCAGCCAUUGAUGAGAAUGCUUCUCGGCGUUCCACUUUCUGUGCUGCAAAUCCUCUCAUCUACCCCACCAUCGAAAAUCAUACUGACUCUGAUUUGCAUCUAGGCAAAGAGGCUCCAGUAUGGGUUCCAGACAGCAGAGUGACCAUGUGUCAGUUGUGCACGUCAGAGUUCACUGUAACCUUUCGGCGACAUCACUGUCGUGCUUGUGGGAAGGUUGUAUGCUCAUCAUGCUCAAACAAUGAAGCUCCUUUGGAAUACCUGAAGAACAAAUGUGCUCGUGUCUGUGAUUACUGUUAUGUCCAACUCAAGAAGAAUUUUAAUUCUCGAAAGGACUCACCUCAGACAUCCAAGAGUUCUGUGUCAUCUGCUGAGAGUGAAGCAGACAUGAGGGAUAGUCCAGAUCAGGAAUCCUGCAAGGGCCAGUUCAAGAAAUUUGGUUCUUCUGCCACACGGCGAUCUCAGCGUUCCAUACCCCAGCGCUUGCGAGAGGUGCGAGCCAACACUGAAGAAGCCAAUAUGAGUGGGUACCUUUAUCAGAAGAAGCGUGCCAACUGGAGGAAACUUUGGUUUGUGCUGAAGGAUAAAGUUUUAUAUGCUUAUGGAGCAUCUGAGGACAUCAGUGCCCUGGAAUCCCUACCACUACUUGGAUACCACAUUCGUGUGGUAUCAGAGGAGAGCCCCAGGAACCAUUUUGAAGGUAUUGAUGCCAGCUUGGUCUUCUAUGUCUCUCAUCCCAACCAGCAACCCUUAUUUUUCCACACAGACUCCCCUGAUGGCACCAACAGGUGGGUGAAAGCUUUAAGAGAAGCCACAGUAUUGGAUCCAUCUUGAAGAGAACGGGGAUUAUCUAUGAAAGUAUCUCAUUUAAAAAAUGCCUUUUUUAUAUUAAGAAACCAAGGAAAGAGAGAAAAGUGAGCUUUCUACCUCAGAGUAAGAAUUGCUUUGGAGAGGAUGACUUGCUUACUUUUCUGUUUCUCUGUCACUCAGGAGAAUCCUCAUAUCGUGACAUGUUUUUAAUUGUGAGAAUGUGUGCUCAGUGGAAUUUCUUACCUGUGCUGCCAGAGAUAACAUUCACUACCUGAUCUUUGACACCCUAGUCAUCACAGUUAAAUGACAAUGCCUGUCGCUUAUAAAACAGACCAUAUCUAAUAAAGAUGAUUGGAUUGCAAACUGG